AUGCACUCCAGGGCCUCCCCAGAGGCUGGGUUUCAGCCCCCAUCAGACUCUGGACCCCUGGAGUUUAAGAAGCCAGCUGAGGACUGCACCCGGCUGUCGCUGCCUGAGCAGGGUCAAUGCUCUGCGCAGCUGCAGGCCGCUAUGUGUUUGCCAGAGGCCCGUGUGCCUGCUGGUCCUGUUGCGUUCCUGCCAGAGGUUGCGUUCCUGCCAGAGGCCCGUGUGCCUGCUGGUUCUGUUGCGUUCCUGCCAGAGGCCCGUGUGCCUGCUGGUUCUGUUGCGUUCCUGCCAGAGGUCUCCGCACCUGCUGGUUCUGUUGUGUUCCUGCCAGAGGUCUCCGCACCUGCUGGUUCUGUUCUGUGUGUGCCAGGGGCUCCAGUGCCCACUGGUUCUGAGACUGUUUUUGCUGGGGGGCCCGAGGAGCCCGUCCAGCCUCCUGCCUCGUCAGCUGGGGGGCCCGAGGAGCCCGUCCAGCCUCCUUCCUCGUCAGCUGGGGGGCCCGAGGAGCCCGUCCAGCCUCCUUCCUCGUCAGCUGGGGGGCCCGAGGAGCCCAUCCAGCCACCAGCUGCUCCACCAGCAGCCUCAUCCACGCUUGCAGCAGCAGUUUCAUCCAUGCCGCCACCUGCUGCAGCGCCUCCGUCUGCAUCCUCCACGCCGUUGCCUGGCCCGGCCUCUGCUGCAUCCUCCACGCCGUCGCCUGGUCCGGAUUCAGCAUCCUCAGCGUCGCCUGGUCCAGCACAUGCUUCGGCUUCAUCCGCUUCACCUGGUCCAGCCACUGCUACAUCCUCGCCUGGUCCAGCCUCCGUGUCUUCAUCCUCGCCUGGUCCAGCCUCCGUGUCUUCAUCCUCGCCUGGUCCAGCCUCCGUGUCUUCAUCCUCGCCUGGUCCAGCCUCCGUGUCUUCAUCCUCGUCUGGUCCAGCUCCCGCAUCACCUGCAGUGGCCUCCUCUUCAGCUUCAGCUGCUUCGCCUGGUCCAGCUUCAGCAUCCUCAUCAGCUGCUUCGCCUGGUCCAGCUUCAGCAUCCUCAUCACUUCCGCCUCGUCUGGUCCAGCCUCAGCUUGCGCCUCGCCUGGGGCUGCAGGGGCCACGCAGCCUUCAGGUCCCCUACUACCACCUCCACAUCGUCGGUCAUCUGCCAGGCCGCUUGUUGGGCAUCUCCGCCACCGUGGACGCCCUCCUGAACGCCGCCACUGCCUUCCGCAUGGCCGGCCUCCGGACUUGUUUCCACGCCGCCGUUGCCGUCCGCACGGUCCCUGUCAUGUGA